AUGAGCAAAGAGAUCACCGUGCACACGUCUUCUCUCUUCGACUCGAAGCAGAAACGCUUCGUUUCGGACCUGUCCAUCUUGAUUGACGUCAACACUGGUUUAAUAACAAGGGUGUAUAAGCGGGACGGGCCAGUCGAUGAUGCGUCGCAACCGAACACAAUUGAUCUCCGAGGCCUGACUGUUCUCCCAGGCCUCGUCGACGCUCAUACUCAUAUAUUUCUACAUUCAUACUCCGAGGUAUCUGCAUUGAACCAGAUGCGCGAUGAGAGCUUUGUCGAAAGGGUAGUAAGAGCUACGAAUCACGCCAGAGCCGCUUUGAUGGCCGGUUACACUACCUACCGUGAUUUAGGUACUGAAGGUCUAAGAGAUGCCGACGUGAGUUUUAGGGAUACUAUUAAUCGUGGCAUAAUCCCUGGGCCUCGCAUGUUCGUGGCGACGGAAUGCAUUGCUUCUAGCGGGGGCUACGAGAUACGGGUGGAGAAUGGUCUUCCUGGAGUCGGCCAGACUACGCCUCGAAUAUCAGACCCCGCUGACGGUGUCGAUGGUGUCAGAGCAGCUGUCCGCCGGCGCUUGGGGGCUGGUGCUGAUAUCAUCAAGUUCUACGCCGACUAUAGGAAGCGGGCGUUAAGGUAUCCAAAGCCCAGCUGGGUAGGCGAGAAAGACAUUGCCUUUCCUCCGUCCGACGAUGCUAUCACCGGGGAAAGGAAUCCGAAUAUCCUCCAAUUCACUCAAGAAGAGAUGAACGCGAUGGUGAUAGAGGCAAAACGCUCGGGUGCUCCUAUUUGCGCUCAUGCACAGAGCCCCGAUGCUGUCGUAAUGGCGGCUAACGCGGGUGUCACAUCUAUCGAGCACGGUUACAUGCCUAGCGAAGAGCCUCUAAAGGCAAUGAAAGAGAACAACACCAUCUUCGUGCCAACACUAGCAGUCUAUCAGGUUUCAUUAGGGGACGAUAGUGAUGCAAUGAAAGCUAUCCUCAAACACAUUAAAGCUGCCUUUGAUUGGGGAAUCAAGUUCGCCGCGGGUGGCGAUACGGGCGCCUUCGCGCAUGGAGAGAAUGUUUUUGAGCUGGAACUGAUGGCGAAGGCGGGUAUACCCGUCCUUGAUGUCUUACAAGCAGCGACAUUACACGGCUGGGAGGCAUGUGGUGGGGAUCUCUGUGGCAGAAGGUUUGGGGUGUUGGAUAAAGGAUUUGCAGCUGAUAUAAUUGCUGUUGAUGGUAAUCCGACCGAAGACUUUAGUGCGCUGAGGAGGGUGAAAUUUGUUAUGAAAGAUGGGGUUGUAUACAAGGAGGAGUACAAGGACUUGUCUUAG